AGGUCAACUAGCAGCAUCACAUGACUUCCGGGUUGGACAUCACAUGAUUCUUUCUUCCUUGCUUCAACGUGUUGGAAUCAGAUCCACAAUGUUUGCCUGGGUUGUCUUGUCCGUGUUCGCGGCGGUCUCCGCUAAGGAGUUCCCGAUCCACCAGCCGCUGACUCAGGAGAUCAUCGAUUAUGUCAACUCCAUCGAAACCACCUGGAAGGCGGGGUGGAACUUUGAGGGAGCGACAGUGUCCUACGUGAAGGGGCUGUGUGGUGUGAUCAGGGACCCUAACAACCACAAACUCCCACUCAAACUGCACGAACUCAACGCUCAGGACAUUCCGGACACGUUUGACUCUCGUACCCAGUGGGCUAACUGCCCCACCAUCAAGGAGGUUCGCGACCAGGGCUCCUGCGGAUCCUGCUGGGCCCUUGCAGCUGUUGAGGCUAUGAGUGACCGAAUCUGUGUAGCCUCCAAGGGCAGCACCAUGGCUCACAUUUCUGCUGAAGACCUCAACUCAUGCUGCAAAAACUGUGGCAACGGAUGCCAUGGUGGUUUCCCUGAGGCAGCCUGGGAGUUCUGGAAGAGGGACGGCCUGGUCACAGGUGGGCCCUAUGGCUCCAAGCAGGGUUGCCAGCCGUACGAGAUCGCCCCCUGUGAGCACCACAUUAACGGUUCCCGUCCCGCCUGUGGUAAGAUUGAGCCCACCCCGAGGUGCAAGAAGUCCUGCGAAUCUGGCUACAACGUCACCUACGAGAAGGACAAGCACUUCGCCAAGUCUGCCUACUCUGUGAGCGCCAAGGUGCAGCAGAUCCAGAUGGAAAUCAUGACUAACGGACCAGUGGAGGCUGCCUUUACUGUGUACGCUGACUUCCCUCACUACAAGUCUGGUGUGUACCAGCACGAGUCUGGCGCGGAGCUCGGCGGCCAUGCGGUGAAGAUGAUUGGCUGGGGCACGGAGAGCGGGACUCCCUAUUGGCUGAUCGCCAACAGCUGGAACUCUGACUGGGGCGAUAUGGGUUUCUUCAAGAUCCUGCGUGGUCAGGAUGAGUGCGGUAUCGAGAGGGACAUCGUCGCUGGAGAGCCCAAACUCGACUAGAGACAGAAGUCGCCGCGCCGUACCCACCCUUAGAACCAUAUCACUGGUCACUUAGUGUUAACCCAAUAAACCUGCUUGCAUUUCUGACAAGUAUAAAGUAGAGUGGAUUCAUUCCUCAAGCCAACCAACAUCUUUCACACCACAGUCUUCCCUCAUUUAGAGCCACAAAGUUCCCAUGUAGAACUUUUAUUUUGCCUGUUGCAGUUGGCUUCAAAAAAGCCUUGGUAUUACUUUGAGUAGCCGACAAGGUGAAACUGGUUGUGACUGGUUGAAUAAAAGAUCUAACAGGAACAUUGUAGCUCCAGAUGUUGGUUACAUGUAGCUCAAGGAAUGAAUCCACUCUACUUUAUGCUGCUUGCAUUUCUUUAAAAGUACCACAUUUCAAUAGAAACUCAUUCACUGGUGUUUGUAAUUCUUCAUGCCUUUUCUACUCUUUUCGAAGAAAAAUUGCUGCUGAUAAAAACAUAUAAAUUUGAAAAAAAAGUUCUGGCUUACAAUAAUAGGAAAUGUGUUUAAGAAUUUGAUAAAGAUUGUAUUGAAUUUAAUAAAAGAUUUGAUAUAUGUUUAAUGUCUGUGAAAGUAUUUGGGUGACAAUUAUUACGUAAAGUAUUUCCAUGCUUUUCAAAAAUACAAUAGCAAAAUGCACAUACAGUAAUAGUAAGCUGGUCUUAAGUCAAUUCUUCCGGGUAAGUCUUCCAUUAGUUUUGUAGCAUUCUGAUGUACACACUAGAACUUAAGGGAUUGUACUACAAUUUCUUAUUAGUUUGGGGCCAUUUUGUGGAAAUUUUACGAUGCUGACUCUUUUCUGUACUUUCCAGAGAAGCUUUUUGCAAUGAGGACAUGUAAAUUUUCUUCCAUUGAACUAAAAAAAUGCAAACACAAUAAAGAACUUU